AUGGGGGGAGCUAAGCUAAUCGUCGGCUCGCUUGCCAAAAACGAGUUAGAGGUUGAGGCUCUGCAAGGUAUUGGCCUCACGCCAGAGGGAGCUCGGGUUAUUUUCGAUAGAUGGGAAAAGGCAAGGCGUGAACUUGCGCCUGUCGGUUCUGGAACCAGCCUGCCUGAAACUAUAGGAUACACCUCUGGAUCCCCGAUUCUCUCAGAUAUUCCGACCCAACCCCCUCUUCAUUGGCUCCAGAAUACACUGUCGACCAGACACGCCACUAUCAAGAGAUCUUUGAUUCGCCUCAAGUCAUCCGCAGAGGGCAACCUAGCCAGAAUACAGGAAGGGAAAACUGCCGGAUUCGCCCUCUUACACGAUGAAGCCGAGAAGGAACUCCUGAGUCACAGCAGCGUACUGGAGAAGAGUCCGCCUACGCUCCUCGGACAUUGCAUCCUGUACAAGAGCGUCGCUCUCCUAGACAAAGAGUCACUGGUAUGCUACAAUGGUGAUGGAUAUAUAGCAACCGAUGAGGAUCGACACGGUCACGGUGGAACGGAUUUUUCUCGGAGAGAUCACGCAGUCUACCUCUUUCCAGACCGCGACACCGCCGAAGAAUAUCGCAAAUGGUCUGCGACCCGAUGUCCCUGGACCGAAACCCUGCUGGUCCGGGUCCAGAUCCCCCACGCUGUCCUCGACACCGUCAGGAAAGAGCAGAUGUGGCUCCUUCCCCAGGGCGACGAGAUUCUCGCGGUGGAAGGCCACAUCUGGGGGCGGGCGCCUGCCGCGGGGCCGAGGAUGGAUCGAGAGGAGUUCCAGAGGAUUGCGGAGGAUGACGUCCUUCUUCACAUUGGAGGGGCGAAGGCGGUUCAGGUCGCUUUUACGGCUGCUGCGAGCGAAGGAUAUAAAGCCUUGGAUCUCUUGGAGGACUUGACGAAGAAGGGGCUGAUCCACGUCGAGAUCUAUCCACCUCAUGCAUUGUCAGGAUGGGAGUUUGCAACUCAAAAUUCCCUUUCAAUGUUGUUGUAUCGUGACAUUGGAUUAAAGUGA